AUGCCCAUACAACUAGCUGAUAAUGGAGCAGGCACUUCAAAUAGGAAACACCCACUCACAAGAUUAGCGAAUUGUGUGCGAUGUUACAAUAUCCCACUACUAAAUUUUUUAAUUAUAUUAAUCUUGGGUACAUUUCUUUAUAAACUAACAACUAAAUAUACCAACUUAUACAUGAAAUCUUCUUUGAUCACCAUUAUUGUAACAAACUUGGUACUAUACGGAAUAUCCGAAAGCUUAGCUCAACUGAUUUUAAGUUAUCGACCGGACCAACCUAUGAUUUCAUUUAAAUUUAACGAUCCAAUACUGCCAGUUUCUCUUGAUACCGAGGCAAAUGCAAGCGUGGAACACGAUGAUGUGGACACUGAUGAUGAUGUAAGCAUUGAUGAUCAAGGAUUGGAUAGAUUUAUAGAGUAUCUACGAAGAGAUCACGAUGGAAAUGAAGAGCAAGGUCGAUUCACUAAUGAUUUAGUCACUUAUGUACCAUUGACAUAUUUUCAGUUCAAUCGAUUGGCAGGUUUUAUGUGUUGGGGAUUCAUUAUGGGGUUCAUUCAAUGCUGGUGGUAUAAAUUCCUUCAAAUUUAUUCUAAAGACCCUAAAUUCAUUGAAGUUUUAAGAAAAGUAAUGACUGAUCAAUUUUGCUUUUCACCCAUUUCAUUAUUUUGCUUCUUUACCUAUGGUACUAUGGUUUUAGAAAAUGGCACAUGGGAAGAUACUAAAAGGAAAUUAAGCGCUAUUUAUUUGAAAACUUUGAUGAUUAAUUAUUCAGUUUGGUUUCCUAUUCAAUUUAUUAAUUUCCUAGUUGUACCUCGAAAUUUUCAAGUUCCAUUUAGUUCAUCCAUUAGCGUGUUGUGGAAUUGUUUCUUAUCAAUGAGAAAUUCAACCAAUUGA